AUGGAGUAUCACAUGUGCUACCUUCUAGAAGUAUUGGGGAGUUUUAUUAUCUCCCAUUCCCUGACCCCUGCCCAAGGAACCUCCAGCCCCUUCUCUGGAAAGGCAGACACAGAUUUCGAACCACUCGGGAACGCUACGGAACAUCACCGUACCCUCCUGCUUCCCCAGUCCUCCCGAAAUCUGCCUUUCUCGCUCCAAAGCUCCCCUGCUCCUCAGAUAAAUGGCAGCACCGUCCAGCCACUUGUCCCAGCUCCAACGCUGGAGUCACCCUCAUUGGACCAAUCCCUCCUGAAAGCAGAAACCGGGAAAGUCCAGAGCCCGGGCCUGAUCCAGGAAGAGCCAGCGGUCCCCGGCGCGGGGUGCGGCCCCGCCCAGGGCGGCGCGGGGAGCGGCCCCGGAGAACCGGGAGCGGAACGCGGGGCGAACGCGGAAGCGCGAGGAGCCCGGAGCCGCCGCAGCAGCAGCCCCAGCGCCCCGACGCCCGGAGCGGGCCGCGUCCUCCGCCAGGUGCGUGGGCGGCCGACCUGGGCCCGGCGGUGCCGCCGAGGGUCCCGGCUGUGCUGCCGGGGGCGGGGGCGGGGGGGCCGCGCCGACUGCCCGCGGGGGCGGGGUGGGCCCUGCGCUGCGGUUCCGUCCUCGCGGCCGCCGGGCCUGGAGGCGCGCCCCCCCGCGCCGCCCCCGCCCAACUUCCCCCCCGCGCCCCUCCCCCCGCGCGCCCCGCCCCCAGCGCCCCACCGCUCCCGCCGCGCGCGCUCCUGCGGGGACGUGGACGCGCCCUCGCGCGGGUCGCGGGCCCAGGUGGCAGGACUCGGGGGCAGCCGGGGUCUCCCGGUGCGUCCCGAGCUCGCGACAAUGAGCAGAGGCGAUAAAACUUAA